CAGCAACAUAUAAAAGGGAUAAUGACCAUGUUUUUUUCUUCACAGAUGAGGAUUUAAUAUGUAAGUUAACACAUGUAAAGGGCUUAAAACAGUGUCUGGCCCCUGGAAAGCACUCUUUAAGUGCUCGCUCUUAACGCAUAGUCCCUGCCUCUUAAGGCGCUCACAGUCUACAGUUGCCUCUGUCCACCUGUCACUCCCAAGUCUGGUAGAUCAUGGCUACCCUUUCCUAGAUGAACCAGGUGCAAAUUCUUGUGUCACAGAUUCACUGUUUGACCCGGGACAAGUAACUUCUCUCUGGGUUUCAUUCUAUGCAUCUGUAAAAGAAGGGAGGUCAACCACAACUGAAUUCAAAAAUCCCGACAAGCUUCCUGUUCUGGGUCAAGCAGUCUGAGUUUCAAACUUGGGCAAGUCACUUGACCUCUCUGUGUAUGUUUCCUCACUUGUAAAAUGGGGGUAGUAUUACUAAGCACCUCCCAGGGCUGUGGUGAGGAUUCAGUGAAGUAACGCAAGCAUCGCGCUUCGGUAGGGUGCCUGAACACAGCGAGAACUCAGCGAACGCCAACCUUUGCUAUCCAUUGUAGCAUUCUUCUCCAUCCGGUGUCUUGGCCUUUGCUAUUCAGCGCACGCGCACUGGCCGCCGUGACAGCGCUCGCCCGGCCACAAGUUCCCGGCUUCCGGUUCCGCGGGAACCUAGAGGUGGAGCUGAAGCUCAUGGCGGCGCCCAGGAAACAGACCACCGGGGGCGUUGAAGAGGCCGCGGCGGAGGAGGAACCGCGAAUUCUGGAACCCGGGGCCGCCCCAUUCGGAAAUUUCCCUCAGUAUUCCCGGUUCCACCCUCCAGAGCAGCGGCUCCGCCUCCUGCCCGCGGAGCUGCUUCGACAGCUCUUCCCUCCCGAGAGUCCUGACACGAGGCCGAUCCUGGGGCUCGACGUGGGGUGUAAUUCCGGGGAGUUGAGUGUGGCUCUAUACAAACACUUCCUUUCCCUACACGAUGGGGAGACCUGCUCAGAUGUCUCAAGAGAACUCCGUCUCCUCUGCUGCGAUAUAGAUCCAGUCCUGGUGGAGCGAGCUGAAAAAGAAUGCCCUUUUCCUGAUGCCUUGACCUUUAUUACUCUGGACUUCAUGAAUCAAAGAACCCGGAAGGUUCUUUUGAGCUCUUUCUUAAGCCAGUUUGGACGCUCCAUUUUUGACAUUGGCUUCUGCAUGUCAGUAACCAUGUGGAUUCAUCUGAACCAUGGGGACCGGGGCCUGUGGGAGUUCCUAGCCCACCUCUGUUCCCUCUGCCGCUACCUCCUUGUGGAGCCACAGCCCUGGAAGUGUUACCGGGCAGCUGCAAGGCGUCUCCGAAAGCUGGGCCUCCAUAACUUUGACCACUUCCAUUCCCUUGCCAUCAGAGGUGAUAUGGCCAAUCAGAUUGUGCAGAUCUUGACCCAGGAUCAUGGCAUGGAGUUAGUAUGCUGCUUUGGCAACACCAGCUGGGACCGAAGUCUUCUGCUCUUCAGGGCAAAACAGACCAUAGAGACUCAUCUGAUCCCUGAAUCCUUGAUGGAAGAAGGGAAAGAAAGGAACAGAUUAAGAUUCUGGAGACAGUGAGUUGGGAGGAGGGGAAGACCAGGAAAAGAGAUGUUGAAGAGGUUUUACAUUGAGAAGAUACUCGAGUUCACUCUUCUUGAUUCCUUAACAGUUGGGCAGCCUCAAAACCUGGCAGAAGCUUUUGGCAGAAUGUCCAAGGCAUGCAAUUGAAAGAAUCAGUACCACUGUUUGGGACAAUCCCUGUGGAGAAUGAAUCCAUGGAACAAUGAGCUGGGCUAUCUGGAUUGAGAUGGACUAGACAAAGUGAUCCUGGUUUUGGGAUGUGGAAGGGCACUGCUUUGGGGGGUUAGUUAUAAAGACCAGCCUAGCCUUAGAAUCUAUCAGUUCACUGGGAUCCUUGAAUCUGACCUGGCUUCCUCAGGUUUCUGGACUUGCUGGACCUGGCUUCAGGCAAAACCUAAUACAAUCUGGAAUGAAGAGUCACUGGCCUGGCUAAAGCAAAGGGUUAGUAGGAAAAGGAUCUUACCGUUAUAGAUUAGCAGGUCAAGUCUCCAAGAUGCACUGACUGGCAUUUAAAAGAUGUUGAAAAAUUUAAAUCAUGAAUUCAACAUCCAGCUGAUACAAAUGAAAUGAAUAAAGUGGGAUUGUAUAUAACUUAUAAAAUUAUAUGUAAUAAAAAUGACGAGUGUGGUUGAGAAUUCCCUGUGAGUCUGGGGUAGAUAAGAAAAUUCUGCUUUUAUCCCUCCUAUCUGUGUGGGAGACUUGGGGUUUGAUUCCCAGCUAGUGCGCUUCGUGCACAGCCACCACUUGUCUGUCACUGAACCACCACUACCCCCAGUUCUUUGGUACCUCAAAUUCAACAUAUCCCAAAAUUAAACUCAUUACCCUCAUUCCGAACCCAGUCGUGUCUCAGCUGGUGACAUCUACCUCAGUUGACUCUUCCCUCUCUUAAAUUCCCCACAAUGAAAUGGUUAGCAAGUCCAGUAAAUCCUACCAAUAACAUGUAAAUCCCAUUUAUUCCAUCGAUUUGGUUGGCACCUACCAGGGGUUUCUGUGUUGUCAUCUACUCCAUUCUCUGCCUUCCUGCCAGUGUUCUCUUUCUCAAAUAUCUAAUUGUGUUAGUACUAUGCUUAAAAACCUCCAGUGGCUUCCUGGAGUCUAGAGUCCUGUCCUUUAUCCAGUGCCUAAACCUAUGUUGUUCAAUCUGGUAGCCACUUGCUAUUUAAAUUAAGUAAAAUGAAAUAAAGUUUAAAUUCAGUUCGUCAGUCAUACUAGCCAUAUUUCAAGUGUUCAAUAGCCGUAUGUGACUAACCUGUUACCAUUGAGUCGAUUCCGAUUCAUAGUGACCCAA